AGGGAGUUUCUGUUUUCACUUCAGGCUCCAGGCUUCUGGCUUCAGCUUCCGGCGUGAGGACGGGAUCCGGACCGUGUACGACGCCUUGGCGACUUUUUCCCGAGCGGACGGGGGGGGGGCGCCUGCUUGGAGGCCGAUGCCGCUGCCCCGGGCGCCCCUCUUGCUCCUGGGAGUUGCGUUGGGGUCCCUCGUGCUCGGGGCUUUGUGCGGCUCUCCCUCACACUCCCUGAGAUACUUCUACCUGCAUCUGCCAGAGCCCAACCAGGGGCGGUCCCAGUUCUUCAUUAGGAGCUACUUGGAUGACCAAUCCACUGCUCGCUUUGACAGCCUCACCAGGAAGAUGGAGCCUCUGGUGCCCUGGAUGGAGGAGGGGGACAAGGAGAACUUUCUGUCCCCUGAGUGGGUCUUCAGGGCUGACCUGGAGAAGUUAACAAAACUGGACCACCCUGCUGGAGGGCUUCACACCUGGCAGGUGGUUUUGGGCUGUGAAAUCAUGGAAGACAGGAGCCAAGGAGGGUUUUUCCGCUAUGGCUACGACGGGAUGGACUUCAUCAGCUUCGACAAGGAGACCCUCACUUGGGUGCCAGCUCAGCCCAAGGCCCAGAAGCUCAAGGAAAAGUGGGAGGAUGACCCAGGAUGGUCCCAGAGCAAUAAAGACUUCCUGGAGGAGCCCUGCAUUGAGUGGCUGCAGAGAUACCUGUCCUACAGGACUGAGUCUCUGCAGAGGAUCGAGCCCCCAGUGGGGAAGGUGACCCGCAAGAAGGUGGAUGACCGCCUGGAGGUCCUCAUCUGCCAGGCCUUUGGCUUCUACCCCAAGCAGAUCCAGGCCACCUGGACCAGGGACGGGGAGGUCUGCCAGUACGAGACCCUCCCUAGGAACGUGGCCCCCAACUCGGAUGGGACCUAUUAUGUCUGGCUCAGCAUUGAGAUCAACCCGAAGGAGAGGGACCGUUUUCGGUGUCGCCUGGAGCACCAGGGCUUUCAGGAGCCCCUGGUCUUGGCUUUGGAGGAGGAAAUAGCCAGAAGACAGUGGAAGAUUCUAGUGGGAAUUGGGGCCGCCCUGAUCUUGGGACUUGGGAUUCUCCUCUUGAGAGGCUGGAAACUUUUCCAUCCAACAGCGACAACUUCCCCUGAUCAUGUUUCUCCAGAAAUGGCUCCUUCUCCCCCGAUUUAUGGCACAGAAGAUGAGAUUCAAUCACAGCUGAUGCUCCAGCCUCGGUCACCUGAUGUCCAUUUAAGAGACUAAAUCCCAGGCUUGGAAAAUAUCUGGGAGACAAGACUAUCUGCCUUGCUUGGCACCAGACAUCCUACGGAGGAGGGAGGCCCCAGAGGGCUCCUGGAGGCCUUGUUUCAAACUUGCCCAGCGGAGAAUGGAAGCAACGGAUGCCGAAAAGAUGGCAAACAUGAUCCGGGCAGUUGGAGCUGUCUCUCCAGUCCACCCUCAAACCAGUAGCAGGGGAGGCAGUGAGGACGGUCAGAUAAACUGUAGGAGGAUGGGGAGGCUCUCUCUUCCAGUAUCUUGGACUCUCGGAAGGUGGAAUAUUUCUGUUGUUGAUGAGUGCAGAAUUAUUCUUGUUAUUAGUUUACAUUUAGGACGCUGAAGAGUUUUGUGAUUAUAUUUUAUUUAUUAGCGAUUGGGUCUCAUCCUAAUUCCUUCUCCCCCUGACGUCUUUUCUAUGGCCUCGUGGAUGCUUUUUCCAAGUCCAACUUUUAGGUCCGUUUGGAAGGUGGGUGACCCUGAACGUCCAGGGGGAUUCUCAGUCAUCCAGGUUCUGGUUGUCCCACAAGUGCUUUUCCAGGAGGCAACCGGACUUACUUUGCUUUUCUCUGAAGAUUUUGGGAUGGACACCCUUAUUCUUAUAGACGUUACUGUAGAUGUAAAAAGCAAGUUAAGUACAGUAUCUUUAUUAGAGGCAUUUGCCCACUCAUUUUUUAUUGAGAAUCUUUUCUCUUUUUCUCUCUGCUUCUCUUGUUAUUUUUUAUCUCUCCAGUUCUAGUGUUUUCCCUGGCAUCCCUGCAGUCUGUUUUAUCCAGUCUUUUUUUCUUAUCCUCAAGUUUAUUUUGUAGUGUUGAAAUAUAGGUUGUCUUUUCCAAGUCCAGUAUUUCUUGUAAUUUUUUUCCCCACUUGGAUUAAAUCAUACUUCUUUGUUUUGUAGAGUUCCAUCUUUAAAUCUCUAUCCUCAAAUUUAUGCUCAGUUGUCUGUUUUAUCUGUUCCUUCUCUGUU